AUUUUCUGUUCGUCCUCCUCAUCUUCUCUCCUCUCCUUCCCUUCCGUUCAUUCCUCCAUCGAUUCGAUUCUCUCUCAGUAUUCACACACAGCUCCUCUCUCUCUCUCUUUCCAUAUAUUUAUGCAGAUCUCGCCGUUUCUGUGUUGUGUAGUUUCACGCCUCCGAUUCUCAGCGCCAUAAGAGAGGAGGGGGGAAGCCGGAGGAAGAAGAUUCGGUUUUCAUUUGUAGAAAGGGGGAAAGAGGCCGGAAAAAUGGGUUCGAUUCCGGCGGAACUGAGCUUGGAUUUCAGGAUGAUGUCGACCAAGUUCGUCCCCAAGACGAUCGGAGAUUUCCUCCGGAACGGUUCUUCGACGGCGACGAUCGGCGGGGAUGCGCCGGAGAAAGCUCCCAGAGUGGAUAGCUUGUUGAGGGAGCUGCAGGAGGAGAUGAAGAAGAUCGACGCCUUCAAGCGCGAGCUCCCUCUCUGCAUGCUCCUCUUGAAUGAUGCCAUUAUAGUGGUGAAGGAAUCGAUCCAGCGCUGUGCUAGUAGUAAGCAACCGCCGGUGUUGGAGGAGUUCAUCCCGUUGAAGAGGAGCUGUGAAGAAGAUGAAGAUGAACGUAAAGACAACUCUAGGAUAAAGAAUGACAAAGACUCCUCCUCUAAAGACAAGAAAAAUUGGAUGAGCUCUGUCCAGUUGUGGAGCUCUGAUGAUCACGCCACAGCCACUGCUUGUACUGAUGCUAAACAAAAUCUCAGACUUGAAUCUUCUAAGGUGAACAAGAAGGGGAAUCGAUGUGGAAAUGAGGAUUCAUUAUUCUCAGCUUGUCAAAACCGGUCUCUGGUUACUUUGCCAGUUAAGUGUUUUCCUAGUUUAUUAACAAGGAAGGAAGACAAUGGCAGAGGAGAGGAUUUGGGAGUCCCUGGCCUCUCUCUUCUAACUCCAGGAAUGAAGAGCUCAGAGGAUUCUGGGUCAACAGGUUCCAGGGCAACCUCUUCUCCACCUAAUUCCCAGUCUAAUAAUUCACAUAAUGGAGGACCGCACCCACCUUUCCAGGCUUCUAGGAAGCAGAGGAGGUGUUGGUCACCAGAGCUUCACCGCCGCUUUGUCAAUGCUUUGCAGCAGCUUGGAGGCUCUUCAGUCUCAUUUGAAUGGUCUUCUGCAGCUGCUACACCUAAGCAGAUAAGAGAGAUUAUGCAAGUUGAUGGUCUGACCAAUGAUGAAGUGAAGAGCCACUUGCAGAAAUACCGACUGCAUACACGGAGAAUGGCACCCGGUGGCAACACUCCUGCAAACCAAUCUGUAGUUGUUUUGGGGGGUUUGUGGAUGUCUUCACAAGAGCAGUAUGGAGACUCCUCAAAGGCUACUAGCUCCCAGUCUGGUUCUCCACAUGGUCCCCUCCAGUUUGGUGGAACCCUGACCGGAGGCGAUAGCAUGGAAGACGACGAUGAUGCGAAAUCAGAGAACUAUAGCUGGAAGAGUCAUACUCCAAGAUCAGGGAAAGUUGGUGUAUAGUGUGCUUGUCUCCACUCCACGGAAUUUUUUGCAGAGUAAAAGUAUACAUGGGAUGAAGAUCAAUAUAAUGGGUUAUAAAUAAGAAACAAAAAUACUGGAAAUUACGAAUCGCACGAGAAGAAGAUCAUGACAACGACGACGAAUUGCAGAGGAAGGAAGCCGUGGAAAUUUUUGCAGGAUUAGUUUUUCUUUUUUAUAUAUUUAUGUCAUUGAGGUUGAGCAUUUGUAUUGUAUCGCGGAAUUGGUAUAGUAAUAUUCUAAAGAUCCAUGUCUUCCAUGGACAAAAGAAACCCAGAAAAAAAAAGAACAAAAGAAGAGAAAAGAGUUCAUCAAGGGGUCAGCUUAUAUAUUCUUAUCAUUCAUAUCAUUUUGGAGUUUUGCUCCUCUUCCUCAUCUCCAUCUCAAUUGAGAUGUGAAAGCUUUUGUCUUCC